AUGGGAUUUAGUUUAUCUGUGUUGGGACACUUCUUCAAAUUGGGUCGUCAAUCGAAUGUCAUCAGCUACAAUACUCUAAUCAACGGCUUUGUUCUCAAGAAUAGAAUUCAAGAGGCAGCACAGAUUUUCAGCAAAAUGCUGCAGGGAGGUCAUUGCGUGCCCGAUGUGGUUACUUUCAGCACAAUUAUAAAGGGACUCUGCCGGAGGGGUGACAACAAUGCAGCUAUUCAGUUGCUCAGGAAGAUGGACGAAAGAGGUUGUAAGGCUAACAUAGUCAUCUAUAGCACAAUCAUUGACAGUCUUUGCAAGGACACACUAGUUGUUGAUGCAAUGAGCCUCUUCUCCGAAAUGAUUAGUAGGGGAAUUGCUCCUAACGUUGUUACUUACACCUCUUUGAUUCAAGGAGUUUGCAACACAGGUCAGUUUGAAGAAGCUACAAAGCUGUUAUAUGAAAUGGCGAGUAGAAAUAUCUACCCAAAUGUAGUCACCUACAGUGUCUUGGUUGAUGGACUUUGUAAGGAGGGGAAAGUCGUGGAAGCCAAUAGUGUGGUUGAAAUCAUGAUCCGAAAAGAUAUUGAGCCUAAUGCGAUUACCUACAGUUCACUAAUGGAUGGUUACUGUUUGCGAGGUGAAAUGGGUGAAGCAAGAAAAAUCUUUGAUCUAAUGCUCCGCAAGGGCUGCAUGGUUGAUGUUUGGAGUUGUACUAUAUUGAUAAAUGGAUAUUGCAAACAUAAAAAGAUUGAUCAGGCAAUUGAGCUUUUUGAGGAAAUGUUACGUCUGGAACUUGUUCCGGAUACCUAUACUUAUAGCAUUCUUAUUGACGGUUUUUGUAAAGCAGGGAGAAUGCAAGAAGCAGAAAAGUUGUUCUCUCGGUUGCUAAGUUGUGGCCUACUUCCAAAUGUUCAAACUUAUGCCAUUUUGCUUGACGGCCUAUGUAGCAGCCAACAACUUUCAAGGGCAAUGGACCUGCUUAGAGAGAUGGAAGACAAAAAGAUGGAACUUGAUAUUGUCAUUUACACCGUCAUCAUUGAAGGUAUGUGCAAAGCUGGAAAACUUGAAUCUGCAACAGACUUCUUCUCUAGUUUGUCAUCAAAAGGAGUUCAGCCUAAUGUGAGGACAUAUAAUGUGAUGAUUAAUGGACUCUGUAAAGGAGGCCUAUUGGUUGAAGCGGAAAAGCUGCUUAGAGAAAUGGGAGCGAAGGGCUGUUCUCCAGAUAGUUGUACAUAUAAAAUCAUCAUCCGAGGGUUUAUUAAUAACAACGAGAUAUCAAGGGCUGUGCAACUUAUUGAAGAGAUGAAGGGAGAUGGGGUUCUCUGCAGACGCAUCAACUAUGGAAUUGGUGGUGUUUCUGCGGGUGUUCCUUUUCUUACGUUUCCAAUAGCGAUAGAUCAAGGUAUGAAUGAUAAGGCGAUUGGGGAGGAUUGGAUGAUUGGGUGGAGGGUGAAGAGUACAGAGGCUAAAAUAGAUCAUUUGGUGACGAGCGAGGAAAUUGCAGGGUUGGUGAAGACAUUCAUGGAUUUGGAGGAUGGGGAAGGGAAAGAAAUGAGGAGAAGAACAAGAGAGUUUCAGCAGAUUUUUCAUGCUGCAAUUGCUGAGAGUGGUUCAUCUUCAGCGCCUUCAUUGGUGACGGUUUUUAAGGCCAUGAGCAUUAAGCAAACUACUUUCCUGGGUGAAUAUGAUGAGAGUGUUUAA